AUGAAUGCUACGGUGAAUCUUUCAAGGUUCAGGAAGUGUUGCUGCUACUGCUAUAGAGAUAUUGCAGAAGGCAUAUGUGUGUGUGGAUGUGGGCUCUCGUUUUGUAGUGCACAUAAGCAGAUCCACUUUUGCAAGGCUGGAUGCUUUGCAGUGCUUGAGGCGAGAGAUUUUGGAGGCGAAAGAGGAAUCGAGGUCAGAAGUGAGGUUAUUGAUGGUGAUGAGAUGCUUGAUGCAGUAAAGAAGUUGAAGGCAUUGGCAGAACUCAAUUACUUUGAGGGAGUAACACAAGAGAAUGACGAGAUUAUGUGUGUUCAUGGAUGUAGUGUAAAUGCAGGUGAUCUGAAUGUUGGGGAGGCAUGUAAGGUGGAGUGUGAGAUGUGUAGCAUAAGGUCUAGGCUGUGGAUAUGCAUUAGCUGUGGAUAUGUAGGAUGCGGAAGAAAGCAGUAUGGUGUUGAAGGAGAAGGGCAUGCAAGAAUGCAUUAUGAGAAGGAAGGGCAUAACAUCUUUGUGCUGGUUGAAAGCCUUGGAAUGAAGAAUGUGGAGGUUUUUUGUUAUCUAUGCGAUUCUAGAGUAAUGAGUGAGUAUGACAUGUUUGACAGGAUGGUUAGAAUCAGGUUUGAGGAUCGAGAUGCAGCUGAUGUGAUUAAUGAUGUUUGUGUGAGGAUAGAUUAUUCUGGAGGAAUGGAAAGCAGUGAGAAAAGCAGGCAUGGAUGUGACAAUGAGCCUGCGGAGGAGGUGAAUGGGCCUUAUGUCGGGAUAGGCAAUUUUGGAAACACAUGCUAUAUUUCGUCUGCUUUGCAAAUUGUUGGAUAUGCUGUUUCACAUGAAGAUGUAGAUACUGAGAUGCAUUUUGAAGUAUGCCAUGCAAAGAAUCCUCUUGAAUGCUUAUUUUGCCAGCUGAUGCGUGUUUUUGGAACGAUGAGGCAGUCUGUGAAAGAAGGCAAAGGCAGUAGGAUUUUGAUAGAAGAGCUAGCAACUCUUGUGUGGAAAGCCAUGCCUGUGUUUGAGAGGCAUACUCAGCAGGAUGCUCAUGAGUUCCUUGUGCUGCUGCUGGAGCAGAUUGCAGAGGCCGAGAGCAUGUAUUUGAUUCCACAGAUCACAUCGCUGCUGAACUUUGAGAUAUGCAUGAGAGUUGAGUGCAGUGGAUGUAGCGAAGUGUGUGUGACUCAUGAAAAGAUCCCUGUCGUGUGCACAAUCAUGAAUGAUAGCAUAAGCAAAGCUGUGGAUGUGUUUUUUGAUGAUGAUACAUGGAAAUGUGAGUGUGGAGGAGAUAAAAGACGGAAAAAACGCAUUACAAGGCUUCCAAAGUACAUGGCUGUUCAGGUAGGAAGGUAUGUGUAUGAUUCUGGCGAGCUUAAGAAGAUCAAUUAUAAGAUUGGAAUCCGGAGUCUUGUGCUUGAGAAGCAUAUGAGCAAUGCACAUGCAGAUCAAGCUCUUGUUGCAGAUCUAGUAAAUUGUGGAUAUGCAGCAGAGAGGGCAAGGAGUGCAUUGAGCACAGCAGAAAACGAUAUGGAGAUUGCGCUGCAAAUUAUGCAGGCAGAUCAAGAAUGCGAGGUUGCAAAGGAUCAUGAGUACAGAGUGGUGGGAUGUAUCAGCCAUACUGGAUGCAAUCCAGCAUCAGGACACUACACAUGGUGGGUUUACAGCGAGAACGGGUGUAAAUUGAUAGACGAUACAAAAAUAGUUGAAUGCAGUGUUGAGAUUCUGGAAGACGGGUAUAUUUUUCUGCUGAGGUAG